GGAAAUUGUAUUGGCAAGGGUCAGUUUGGAUCGGUGUACAGGGCCCUUGAUCUAGCCACAGGAGAGAUUGUUGCCAUUAAACGCAUUAAUCUCGAUGAUGAAGGGGUUCACGAUCAGGAGAUGAUGAAAGAAGUGAGCCUUUUACAAACUUUAUCUCACACAAAUGUGAUUCAAUACCUUGGAUUCAUUCGUACUGAAGAACAUUUGAAUAUCGUAUUAGAAUUUGCAGAAAAUGGAUCCCUCAUGUCCACUUCAAAGGCAUUUGGUGCUUUCCCAGAAAAGCUGGUUGCUUCUUUCUGCGUCAAGAUACUCAGUGGCUUGGAGUACUUGCAUGCUAAUGAGGUUGUUCACUGUGAUCUAAAGGCUGCAAAUAUUUUGACUACAAAGACAGGCGAUGUCAAGUUGACUGAUUUUGGUGUUUCGCUAAAUUUGAAAAUCAAAGGAGCCGAUGCUGGCACGGUUUCUGGUACACCAAACUGGAUGGCACCCGAAGUCAUUGAGUUAAAAGGAGCUUCUACAAAAGCUGAUAUCUGGUCGCUUGGCUGUACUCUGGUAGAACUUGUGACUGGAAAACCACCCUAUUCAGAUCUCAUAGCCAUGUCUGCCAUGUUCCGUAUUGUGGAAGAUGAAUAUCCCCCUCUUCCAGAAAACGUAUCCAUGGAAAUGCAAGAUUUUCUGGUGUGUUGUUUUCAAAAAGAUCCUAAAGACAGACCUACUGCUAGCCAGCUUAAAGAACAUGUUUGGAUAAAAACCAAUCACAAAGAAAAGAGUACUGAAUCUACAGGUAAUAAUUGUAGCAAUAAUUACAAUAAUUCAAUGUUUUGUUUGUCUUUCUUUUUAAAAGGAAAGAAUGCAAACAUUUGUAUACAUUUCUAA